GUGUUUGUUUAUUUCAGUAGGAGGGAGAAUUGGGAGAGUGCACACCCAGACAGAUGAUGGGCAUUGAGUGGAUGACUUUCAGUUGGGAUACUAUAAGGAAAGAGACAGGAUUCUGAAGCCGAAAUUGUAUGUGACAAACAUCUGUGCUACAAAUAAGCAAAUAAGGUUCAAGCAGCCACCAAAAUAACCUGACUCAAGAGACCAGAAGGACAGCACAGGAAGUGUAUGUGUCUGCCAAACAGCUCAAGAGUGACUUCAGUCAGAAGUGUCACUCACUGAUCCUCACAUUAAACAGGUCUGAUUAAGACUUCAAACUUCUAUCCUUCACACACACACACCCAGCAAUCCACCACUUCAUAUAAAGGUAAGUAAUGCUCAAUUAAACCCACAAUUACAUACAUUAAAUCAAGUUUAAAAUGCUAUGUCUCAUUUUACUCGAUGUGGAUGACACACCUAGUUAGAUUCAAUUCACGACUCAAGAACUAACAUUUUGAUAUACUGUAAAUUGGGCUGAGCCACCUUACUAUUUUAGACAUUCAUAAUUAACGUGUUUGUCCUUGAUGUACACAACAUUCUUUACAUAUACCACUUGGAUUGGACUUUCAAAAAGGUUGGAGGUAAAGUACCCUCGGAUAUGGGCUAGGGCCAAAAAAAUUAGAUUAAGUUUGAGGAGAGGGAAUUUAAAUUUUACAACCAACCUUUUGAAGAUCACUAAUUAGAUGUAAAUUCAAUUUAGCUUAGAAGAUGUAUCUGGGCUAAUUAACAUUUAAAUUUGACAAGCACACAGUUUCUACUAAACUCCCCUUUGAGACAAAAAGAGAUGAACAGAUUUAAGAUCAUCCACGGACGCAUAUAAGCAUUUGAUUAUUGACAACCCUCACAAUUGAACAAAAUGUAACUAUUGUUUGUGUACUAAUGUUCUUUCCUGAUCCUUCAGGUACCAUGGAAGGUUCUAAAUUAGCUCUCUACGUCUUCCUUUUGGUACUAAGCUUCCGCAGAGCCCACUUGUCAGCAGAAGUUACCUCACCAAUUAACAAAACGGAAGCACCAGAAAGUGAUUCUACAUCAGCCCAGCACGAAACCCUGCCAUCAACUGACACCCCCACUGAUGUCACUGGCCCAGGCUGCUUGAUCGACCCCCAUAUUGGUGUGAUUGCUGUGGCCUCCACUGGAGGCCUGAUCCUCUGCUUGAUGGUCUCUACUCUGGUGCUAGCCCGCCAGGUGUGCCGUCUGCAGAGACGAGUGGAAGCUCCGCGGCCGUCACGCAGCAAUGUUGACCUGGCGAGCGGUGAGGGCUACUGGGGCAGGGAUUUCGAAGAGGAGGGGGGGGUAGUGGGGCCCUGCGACACCAGCGUCAUGUUGCAGGAGGUGAAAGAGGACAGAAAGACGGUGGAGGAAGAAGGGAUGGAGGAAGAUAAAAACGAGAGAGAAAAUAAAGAGGACGAGGGAGAGGCGAGGCCAGCCAAUAAGAUAAAAAAUGUGGAUUCUGGACAUGGGGAAACGGCUAUGCAGAUGCAGAGCUUCAGCUCCAGGGAUUCUUGUUUGGAGGUCCCUGAAAAUCUGGAGAACAUGCCCCUAGUGGUGUGAGAGGGCAUCAGUACUCCUUUAGCUGAGAUAAAGACCUGUAAAAAUGAUUGUAAUCUGCAGCAAACAGUUUAGCCCAGCUUGCUACAUGGCAAAGUAUCCAGUAUUUUUUGCAUGAUAUGAGACUUUCAAGGGUCUUUCAUCCUAGUAUGAGCUUCUUCUGUUUUUUUUUAAAAUGUCAUUAACAUGUAGUCUGCUUUGAAACUUUUUAGUAGUUAGAUUGUCUCUCUUUUUAAAUCAUAAAGGUCAGUAGAAAGGGCGAUAGACUGGACAGGGUGGUGGGGGAACUAGAUUUGAAUCAAGUGAAUGGAGCAUCUCUGCCAACUGCACAAGUUAAUUACCCUUGCUGCUAAGGUUCAGGAUCUUAAAAGGAGGUGAGUGACUUGUCAUAUGGGUACGCCCAGGCAAUUUAAACAUCAUAGCUUUAAAUACUAUGGAUAUUUGAUUAACAGAUGGGGGCAGGUGGGGGGAGUUUGUUCAUGAUGGUAGGCAUAUGUAUAUGCAUUUUUAAGUAUGGUAAAAAGAACAUAUUCAAAACAAAUGUAAGGACCAUGCCAAAAUGAUUAUUCCUUAGAGUCAAGAUGAAAAAAUUCCCCAAGCUUUUGAAUUUCUAUUGACAUAUAUGGCUGGGCAAAGCCAUGGAAUUCAGCCUCCUUGUUGCAUCAAUUAGUCUCUGUUUCACAUUACACAAGCUGUUUAAGAACUCUUAACUCUCUUAACUGAGAUUUUGUAUUCUCUCUGCAUAAAAGUUGUUCUUUUUAACACCCAAUUCCAAAUAAAUUGCUGUUAUGCGUAGUA